CCAAUGCGCAUUCCGCUGCAGACCGCCGGCCGAGGCAGUCGGUUCAUUAAUAAUCUCUAACAGAAUUGUGGAUUGGGAGUGGGAAAUCGGCGAAUCGCCAAAAUAAACAAGCCACCAACCAACUAGCCGCUAACUGUUCAGAAUCCGAGUCGCGUUCGCUAAUUGCUUUGUUUUCAUUCUGGUUUUUCUGUGCAGUCCGUAACCGAAACUGAAACCAAAACCAAAGUCAAAACCAUUCCGAAGCCGAAAAAGUUUUUUUUAUCGCGAGUUUCGACCUCGACGUGAAAGUUUCCAGCGCUGCGUGCACCAGAGUGCCAUGGCGAAUGUGAGGAUUGUGGAGUCCAAGCUGGACAUUUUUCAGGCCCCGCAGACCCAUUCCUUGGCCCAUGCGGUGGAGUCAUCCUUUGUGGCCGAAAGGGGAUCUUUGAAUUGGCAAUUUGGUCUGAUCUACGGAGAUGUGGAUGAGCUUAGGCAGCGGAGGGUUUCCCGGGGAAACUGUGCCGUGUUGGAGCAUAAUUCCCGAUUUAUAUACUACCUGGUCACCAAAUCGAAUCUCUACGAAACGAGCACUUAUGACGAUGUCCAGGCGGCUUUGAUCUGUAUGCGCGAACAUAUGCGCAACCACGAGAUCACUAAAGUGGCCAUGCCCCGAAUUUGCUGCGGCAGAGACGGCCUCGAUUGGCGGCAAGUGAAGCGCUUGGUGCAACAGACUUUUUCCCAGAGCGAGUAUCCCAUUGAGAUUCUCAUCUGUGAACACGACGACAUGUCCAAGGAGCUGGCUGCUCCCAAGUGUCAGAUUACGGAGGCCAGGGGAAAUCUAUUCAGCGCCCCGGAGAACUAUGCAUUGGUGCACUCCGUCAGCGCGGAUUUCGCCAUGUGUGCUGGCAUUAACCUUCAGUUCCGCUGCAAGUUUGGCCAAGUGGAUGAGCUGAAGCGACAGAACAGACACACCGGAAAUGUUGCAGUCUUGGAACAGGAUGGCCGGUACAUCUACAACCUGGUGACCAAGGAGCGCAGUCACGAAAAGUGUACCUACACUGCUCUCUAUUAUGCAUUGUUGGCCAUGCGAGAACAUAUGAGGGAGCAUGGAGUAACAAAGUUGGCCAUUCCUCGACUUGGUUGCGGCAUCGAUCGCUUAGAUUGGUUGCGCGUGCGCAGUUUGCUGGAUUUGGUGUUCGCCGAGGAUAAUGUGGAUAUCAUAGCCUUCUUCUACACUCCACCACAAAUGGUCAAGGAUACAAUGAACGUUGUUUGCCCCACCUGUCGACACAUGAAGACCAUCCAGUUGCCAUCGAGAUCUGUCAGCGGAUCCAGGAAUUCUCUGCAUCGCGAAAAGACACCUUUCUGAAUGCAAUGGGAAAUCUGUGUAUAGACAUCUUCAACUCGAAAUUGUUUUACUUGGGACUUGUGGCACCGAAUGCACCAAAUACUUAUAUAGCUUUUAAGAACUUACACCUAAGAGCUCUUAUGGCACGGAUAUUGUAUAUUUUUUGGGUAUUUAUACUGUAUGAACACUAAUAAACGAAACACGCCCUUGAGAGGGUAUUAACUAA